GCAUCCCAAGUGCGCAUGCUCAUUAGAAAACUCCAUUCUUUUUUUGCACGGAAUCUGCAAGAAAAAAAUUGAAACCGUGAAAUAGGGAUUAAAAGGUGCAUCAGCUACGCUAAUUUUUUGCUUAACCUACACCGACCUGAUCGAGCAGUGUCUGGAGAUAAUAACUGAAUAAUUUGGCGACACGAUCGGACAUCGAUAUACAGUGGCCCGAGUGUGAGCUGCAGCGUUUUUGGAGGGGCUGACUUCUGAAGUAGGGCUAGAAGACUUCGUUCUUGGAGAGUUCUGCAAGGCGUUUGGAAGGAGGUUGGCAGAGUCUGUUCUUCUCCGCUGACACCAUGGCCUUCAAACGGUGGAUACCAUAGCCAAUACUAUCUUGGACUUUUCAAAGAUGACAAGGUGCUGCAAGGCGGUUUUUACAAAAUGAUGGGAGGCAGUGAGAGUGGCAGUGGAGACACAGAUGGAGUUCACACUGUGGCAAUACAAGUCCCCAUUGGCUGGCAGAGGAGAGUGGAGGACGGGCUUGUGGUGUAUGUCAGUCCAAGUGGCACGUUCCUGUCUUCACUGGAGGAGGUUAAGUCUUAUCUGUUGACCGAUGGCACAUGCAAGUGUGGCCUGGAAUGUCCGCUGGUCAUCCACAAGGUGUUUAACUUUAGCCUAGGGGUCAAAGUUCAGCAGCGCAGCCAGCCGGUGGGGAAGGCAGAGCAGGACAUGACAAAGCUCUGUAACCAUCGAAGGAAAGUGGUUGCCAUGGCAGCGCUCUGUCGCAGUAUGCAGGCUUCACAGCUGCCCUAUGUUUCCUGUCACACAGAGGUCACCAGUGCCAUUAUGGAGAACCGAGAUCCAAAGAGGAUGAGAGUGGACAGGGAAGAAGAAGAACGUGGCACUUAUCCCUCUAAACACCAUCUAGUCCACUCCAGGCCCAACAAUAAUCUCAACCACAACCCUUGUGGCAGUCCUAAAUAUUCUACCCAACUUGUGUAUUCUUACAAUGGUUCCUCACCCCUCUCACAUGCUAGCACUAACUCUCAUCACUCUCCUGAGAUUCUGAAGAGACCCCCCCCUCUCCAUUUCCCUCCCACCACCUCUCAAUUCUCCAGCUAUGGGGCACCUCAGAGGUCACCAUGCACCCCCACAUCUCACAACUUCAGUCAGGGUCAGAGGACACCCCAGACUCCGGAAGCCCCCAGAUCUCCUCAUUUGGGGCCCCUCUCUCCCCUUCCUCCCUCCUCCCCUGGGACACUGGGAAGGGGAGGGCAGAGCCACCCACAUGGUAUCAUCAUUGGGUCUCUCCUGUCCCCCUCAUGUUCCCCCUCUCCCCGCCAGCGCUCACGCCACCCCUCCGCCUCUUCCUCGCUUUCUGAACAGGAGGUGGGAGGGGUGGUGCUGGGCGGCUACCCCCCCAGAAGGAUAUCCUCUUCUUCCCCACACUCUCCUCUACCCGGGGGGUCCCCUAACCUCCAUUUCCCCAAAUACAAGCUCGAGGACAUCUUAGAGCAGUUUAGGAACUCAGGCAACGGUAGCACUAAUAAUCACAUCCUUAACACAAACUCACUGAGCAACCAAAGCAAUCCUCAGAUCCUCUCUCUAGCUCUUGAAAAGGGUGAGAAGCCCUCAAAGGCACCUGCUUCUGCCACCGGCUCAGGCAUGGGGAUCAGUGCUGGUCCUUCUGGGUUGCCUCUUGGACAGUUCUUGAACCACCAGAAGCAACCACACACAGCCUCGUUUCCUGCCAGUAGCCUCCUCUCGGCAGCAGCUAAGGCUCAGCUGGCCAGCCAGAUGGCCCACGACCACAGUUCCAAUUCAGCCAGCGUCCUCAGCUCGGCCACCUCUCUGGAGGUCUCGAAAGAGUCCCGGCAGUCAAAGGUAACAAACAGCACUUUACACAACAACAGCCAUCCCUCCAUCACUAGGCCCCUCCCUGCAGCCUCCCACCUGCUCCUCCACCCCUGCGCCACCCUCUCGCAGCCCCUAGCCUCGAGUCCCCUGCACCUCUCCCCUACAGACCGGACGUCCCACAGGAAGCGGCAGCGGCGUUCGCCCACGGUGCUCAGCAUGCUGAAGGACUCCCAGGUGAGCGGUCUCAGAACCCCCGGUGACGUGCUCAACCUCUCCUCCUUGCACUCUCAACCCUCCUCUACCUCAGGCUCGUCCCACUCUGCCACGUCGGAGAACCACCUCCAGGGUCUGAGGCUCUCAGUCCGACACUCCUGCCCGCUCACAGGUCCUCAGAAGCAGCCUGACGGCGCCCUGGACUUCACUACAAUCAUGGCAGGUCAACCGGAUCCCCCCACCCAGCCUCUCUCCGCUCUGCUUCACCUGCUCAGUAUGCAGAACGCCCAAGCCGCCGGAGCCCAGCCCGGCUCUGGACACGGUACAGGAGGCACGAGGCAGAGCCCCAGGCAGUCUCCCUCUCCCUCCCAUUUAAACAUUAGACCAUUCCCCAUGCAGUCCCCCUCUCAUCCCUGUACCAUGCAAGGCCUGUCACAGCCCCUGUCUCCCACUCAGUCAUUGUCCAGGCUUGGUAGUGCUAGUGCACAGUCUCCACAUACGAAGACCAGUCCCAAACAGAGACGGUCUCCCUCCACGGCCCUGUCCAACGCUCAGUCAGCACACCAUCGCAGUAGCCCCUCGCCCACCCGACACACUCCUGAUAGGCUACGGCAGGCCCAAAACCAACCUAUGGAUACCACCACCACCUUACAGUCUCCCAUGUGCCAGACCUUGCCUGAUGUCAGUGCAUCAGUGAUUGAGAGCAUAUCAACACUAGGCCCUGGUCUCAGCCUGAGUCAUCCUCCCAACAGCACCCCCACCUCCAACCAUAGAGCCACCGUCACCAGCUGCAGCAGCACCACCUCCCCCAGACCCCUGGAUCUUAGUAACCACGUGCUGGCCCUGCUGGCAGCCUCCUCCACCACGCCUCUGGAGGAAGGGGGCCUGGACACAACCACCGGCAACAACACUGCAGGGGUGCAAGAGCCUGAGAGUGUUGAUCAUCGUAGCUCGACAGUGAGCAAAACCCCAGGAGGUUGCAGCCCCGGCUCCUGCAACACCCCUUCCCUAGGGGACUCCCCCGGCUCCUUACCCUUGGCCGAAGCCUUCCCCUUCAUGAGCCAGGAGCAGCUCCUCCAGCUUCUGUCUGCCACAGCCGGCCUGCCCUCCCUCUUGGAUCCCACCAUCCUGGGCUCCCUGCCCCUGGGCCUGUGGCUGGGCGGUCAGCAGUGUCACCUCCCCACCUCUAACACCUCACAGCAACACCAUCAACUGCCUGAUCAUCAUCAUCAUCAACAACAAUCGGAACACCAACAACUACUGUUACAGCAUGAACAACACCAAGAGCAACACCAGAAACAACAACAGACUGCCCAUCUGAACCACAACUUUCCGUUUAGCCUACUCCCCUCUCUAAUGGGAGGUCAGGGAGAGCUGCCUCUCAAUCUCCUGGGUCUGUUGAACCCACUUCUACCCCCUGCCACCCUUACCCCAGGCCAGGAGGGUGAUCUGGGUAUAGGGGAGAAACUGGGCCUCCAGGCUCUCCUUAUGGCCUCCCUGCUCCUUGGCCAACAGCAGGCUGCCAUGUUGCCCCUGUCUGGGCUGGGCCAGCUGAGCCUGGACCUCCCCCUGCAGCAGCAGCACAUCCCAGCCUUGUUGGAGAGUUUGUCUCUGGAUAAAGGCUCUGGACUCCUGGACCUAUCCUCCCUCCCCGGCCCUGGGCUCCUCGAGGCCCUCCAGGGCCUGCUGCCCCCAGCCGAGGGGCCCCUCCAGGCCCUGCAGUCGCUCCUGCUCCCCGCUCCUCUCCCUCCCCCGGGCUUCCUCUCCCUCAGCCCCACUCUGCUAAACGCUGCCCUGGGCUCUACUGACCUCCCGACCACCCCUCAGCUCCCCCUACCCCAACAACCCCCACCUCAGGUCUCCAAUUCAGGCCCUGAUGGGGGGGUGGACACCCUCAUCCCCCUGUCUGUUCAGGGGAAGGACAACCCUGUUCUCCACCAGUUACUGCCCACUCUCCUCAACCCAGGCCUACUAGGAGACCUGUCUGCUCUGACUAGCCUCCACAGUCUGCUGGGGCUAGGUGCAGGCCCUCUCCUCCUCCCCCCCGUACAGACCUCUGCCCUGGGCAUGCCUCUACUCCAGGGCCCUGAUGGGGCCAUCAACCUCCUCAACAACAUCCAGCUCAACAUGGCGCCGCCCUCCGAGGGAGAAAAGACAAUCUCCUUACAGGAAAAAGACAGCCCCGCCCCUCAGGAGGAUAUUCCAGCCAAUCGGCUUACCCCGGAGGCUGUGCCCAGCCCCUGUCCCGUCCGUACCCCCGUGUCCCAACGUGGUGAGGGCUCCGUGGGGAGCGUCCUGGACCCCUAUGCCUCCUUCAUGGACACCAUCUACACCUCUUUCCUCCAGGUCAGUGCUAAAGAGCAAGAAGCAUCUCAGACUGGGGCCGACGUCCUCUGUGCCUUACCCCCCUACCCUGGGGAGCCCCCUGCCCCCUCCGCCCCCCUGUCCCUGAGCCCUCGCCUGGCCUGCUCCCUGAGGAACCCGGAACUGUCCCGGCUCAACUUGGAGGCGGCCCACUCCCCGGCUCAGGGCACCCCCAAACCCAGCAACGACGGCUCGUCCACACCCCUGCAGAGCAAGCCAGGGGUCCCAGAGGGCCACACUAACCCCCCUCUGCCUCCCAUCUACCUUGAGGAAGCCAAGACCGAGUCGUACAGCCAGGCUGUCACAGAUAGGAAUGGGGACAGACCCCAGGCAGGGGGGUACCUGAGCCCCAGAGAUGGGGGCAGCUGCCCCAAGGAUGAGACUGUGGGUCUGCAGCACAUUGAGCAGGGCAGGAACCUAACUGCCCAAACGGCGGGAGCCAGGAGGGGCAGGAAGAGAAAACAAACGCUACAGAAUGUGCUGGAGGAUUUCCGAGAUCUGGAUGCUCCAGCCCUAGAGGAACCUAAACCCACGGUGGUGCUGCUGAAGCCUGAGAGGUCGGUCCGGGGCAGGAGGCGGCGGGGUGCCAGGUCCCAGAGACAGUGACUGUUUCCCCUUCACCGCCAACCUCACCCACUAUCACUGCUUUAUAUAAUCCUGGCUCCCCCACUGUUUUUCAACUGCACUACUAUAUCUUCAUGCCAACCUCUUACCUUUGAACAGGAGUGAUCUAGAUAAAAAAAUAAACAUAAUUCUGUGGAUGCUUUCACUUAGGAGAAGACCCGUCUUAAGUCUGUGUGGUUGCUUGGCGUUAUUGAUUGAGAGCCGUUAUGAUGUAAGUGUUAGAAUUGUCUACAAAAAAAAACCUGUACUGUUUCUCAGUGUGUUUACUGUGAGUCAGGAUAAGAGUAUCUACUUGAAUGACCUAUGUUUGCUCUCUGUUUGAGAUUGUAUGAUAUGUGUGGUUUGUGUAUGUUCCAAGAGUGUUUUCGAGAUGCUAGACGUUGUCCCUGACCACAGAUCUGGGAUCAGAUAACCCAAAUCCUUAUGAGGAUACAAAAUAUAUCUAAUCCUGGACCUGAGUUGUGGGGCAACUUAUACCAACUCCUAGAGAUGCUUGCUGUUGCUGAGCCCUUUCACUGUGGUAGUCAUACAGUAUGUGUACCCAGAGAGAGAGAGAGAGACCAUGCAUCUGUGCCAGACAGUCUCGGGCUUCUCUGCAGACAGACACACUACUACUCAACACAUAGCCUUGAUGUGGAAACCAUGCAAUGGCAAAAGUAAUAAUUCCCAAUCAGGGGGUGUAUCACAAAGCAGGAUCAAUGAGUUGGCCAGCAAACUCCAGCCUAAAUAUUCUGAAGUCAUAUUUUCAAGUUCAUAAAGAUAAUGUGAAAUGGGCAUGACUUGACACUACUAACAACCCACAUUCAAGAUAAGCUUUCAGGGUAGGACACUUUUUUUUUUCCAGUUUUCUAAAAAUGACACACCCAAAUCUAUCUGCAGAUAGCUCAGGCCCUGAAGCAAGGAUAUGCAUAUUAUUGAUACCAUUUGAAAGGGAACACUUUGAAGUUUGUGGAAAUGUGAAAGUACUGUAGGAUAAUAUAGCACAUUAGAUCUGGUAAAAGAUAAUACAAAGGAGGGGAAAAGAACAUGUUUAUUUUUUACUUUUAUUUUUGUCUUUGAAAUGCAAGAGAAAGGCCAAUAAAUGACUUAGGAAUCUAGGAGCAAUUUAGAUUUUGCCCACUAGAUGACAGCAGUGUAUGUGCAAUGUUUUAGACUGAUUCAAUGAACUAUUGUAUUUCUGUUCAAAAUGUUGUAUCAAAACUGCCCAAAUGUGCCUAAUUGGUUUAUUAAUACAUUUUCAAGUUCAUAACUGUGCACUCUCCUCAAACAAUAGCAUGGUAUUCUUUCACUGUAAUAGCUACUUUAAAUAGUACAGUGCAGUUAGAUUAACAAGAAUGUAAGCUUUCUGGCCCUAUCAGAUAUGUCUAUGUCGUGGGAAAUGUUCUUGUUACUUACAACCUCAUGCUAAUCACAUUAGCCUACGUUAGCUCAACCGUCCCGCAGGGGCACACCGAUCCUGUAGAGGUUUUAAAUGUACCAGCUCGAUCUGGUGGUCAUGUUUUGUGAUACACUCCAACAUAUUCUCUGUGUGAUGUUUAGCAAACAAUGUACAUUUCAAUUAUUUCCUUUCACGGGAAUGGCUGAAGAAAUAGUGUGUUGAGAUAUACAUCCAAGUCAACAAUUAUUGGCACCCUUGGUAAAGAUUGAACAAAAAUUACAACAACAAAAAAUCCUAAUCCUAAUACUGAGCCAUUGUAUGCUCCAAAAUGUUUUAAAAUUAUAUUUUAUACAAUUGGAAACAGAGAUUUUGUUUAGUAAGAUUUUUUUUUCUUCUCAAAGAUAGGGGUCAAACUUAUUGGCACCUCUGAAUUCAAUUCCUUUAACUCACCUUGUGAGGAUAAUGGCACUGAGCCUUUAAAUGUUUAAUAUGUUUUAUGUGAUUGGAGAACACAUUGGUUUAGAGACCAUUCCUCCAUACAUCAUCUUACCAGAUAUUUGAUACCCUUUGUCUGUUCUCAUGGCCAACCCUCUUCAAUUCUAACCACAGAUUUUCAACGGGAUUCCAGUCCAGAGACUGAGAUGGCCAUUACAAUAUGUUGUGACAUUUGUUAAACAAAAUCUCUUUCUCUCAAAAAUGUGUAUUAGUAUAAAAGAAAUAUAAUUUUCCAUGUUUUUUUAGCAUACAAUAUCGCUCAGUAGUUGUAUUUAUUUUAUACAUAAUUUUUUGCCCAUCUUGUGUGGGUUUGUAACGCAAUGUAUUUUUGGUGGGAUAGAGUUAUACUUUCUUUGUCCUUCAAAUGGCUUUGCUCUGUACACUAUCUGCCAGCCCAAUAAUACUGGCAUCUCUUACUGUAUUUAAAUAAAAUGAAAAGAAGCAGAUUAUGCAAUUUCUACACUUGGAGAUUUGUAAAUAUGUACAGCUAAUGUGUUUUAUUUUGAUUUUAUAUUGUUAGAGAGACAACAAUGAAUUGUGAAUUUUGGGGGGAAUUGUAAUUAAGUAUUUUCUCAUACCCUUGCUUUCAAUAAUUAUGUUUAAAUAUUGAAUUGUGGACUGUAGCUUUCUUUUUAUAUGGGAGUCUUUUUUAAUUUAAUAUUAAACUAUUUACAGAAAAUGA